AAGUGUGUUUUUUACCAACUUCACACCUUGAUAGUCCGUAACUGCCCCAUUGGACAGGAUAACUAAUGGCCAUUCAGUUAGAUCACAAACGAGUACUAUCUAAUCAGAUAACAGUAGGGUUUUAGAAUUUAGGUGUCGUCAUCCUGGUCUGGGAUCUCAAUCUAAAAGAGCGGGAGCACAUCGUUGACUAAACUAUCGCACAAUGUUGUGCGAUUGUCGUUUGUUUUGCAGCCAAUUCAACAGUUUAGUUGCACAAAUAUAAAUCGAGUAGAGUGCGCAUGGGAAUCAAAGCAAGAGUAAACAGUUGAACAAUAGUUCAAAAUUGAAUGCGCCAUAAGAUCAAUAGUUAAAGAUAAUCAAAGAGCAUAAAUAAAUGUUUAGUUAAACAGUGUCUUAGUAUUUUGGAGUAAUACAGAGAGUCUUUUAGAUUUCAAGGAUGGCAUACAGUUUGACAACCCUCGCCUCAGUGUCAUCGUCCGCUGAGUCUCGCGAUAAAGCGUUUAUGACGAGCAAAAGCCAAAUCACACAGUACGGUACGCAAUUUCUUCGCAUCGGUUGUUUUAAUAAUUCUUGGUACAUUUGUUAUUUUAAUAUGAAGUCAUUAACACAAACAUUUAGGUCAUGGACAUUUUGCUGUGCUAAUAAAAAUCUAACUACAAAGGAUCGCCAGAGAGCUACCGCGGUUGUCGAUGACAGAUAUUAUCCACGCUACCACUUGGCCCCGCCGUAUGGAUGGAUGAACGAUCCUAAUGGCUUCAGUGAGUUUAAAAAUGAAUACCACCUAUUUUAUCAAUUCAAUCCGUCUAGCAGUCUCGUACCUGGCAUAGCACAUUGGGGUCAUGCUAAAAGUAAAGACUUUUUCCGCUGGGAACAUUUACCUAUCGCAAUGUAUCCAGAUCAGUGGUACGAUAAGGGUGGCGUAUUUUCCGGAAGUGCUUUAGUUGAGAAUGAUAAACUAUAUCUUUACUAUACCGGCAAUGUGAACAAACCCGGUCAAUAUCCUGAUCACCAACAACACCAAGUACUCGCAAUUAGCACUAAUGGAGUAGAUGUUAAGAAAGAAAAGAUUAAUCCAAUAAUUAAUGGAAGUAAUUAUCAGCCAGACUUUCGAGAUCCUAAAGUUUGGAAGUAUAGAAACACAUAUUAUAUGGUGGUAGGAAAUUCUUUCCAAGACGAAGAGACCGAUGCUAUACUAGGUCGAGCUCUUCUAUAUACUUCUAAAGAUAAAGUCAAAUGGAACUUCGCUUCAGUUUUGGCUGAAUCUGAUGGAUCUCUGGGAUAUAUGUGGGAAUGUCCAGAUUUCUUUGAACUGAACGGUCGGUUCGUUCUUUUAUUUUCACCUCAAGGAAUACCUCCAUCAGGAUAUAAAUACAGGAAUUUAUAUCAAACUGGAUAUAUUGUUGGAGAUUUCGAUUACCAGACCAAUAUGUUCACUCCUAAAACUGAAUUUGUUGAAUUGGAUUACGGCCACGAUUUAUAUGCUACGCAAACAAUUCUGGACAAAGCAAGACGUAGAAUAGUAAUUGCUUGGAUGGAUAUGUGGGAUCAGAACUAUGCAGAAGCUGAGGACGGUUUUACCGGUCAAAUGACAAUUCCUAGAGAGCUAUCACUAGACAACAAUAAUCGCCUAAUUCAGAGACCUGUAAAAGAAAUAGCAUCAAUCAGAGGACGAACGAGAUUCUCUGGGAAGGGACGAGCAGGUGCUGAAAUCAGACUCAGAGAUAAAAGUGGAGAAAUCCAUAUCAAAUCAUCGGGAACCAAAGAUUUAGAUAUUUGGAUCCAAUCUACAAAUGAAUCCAGCAACGUUUUAAUUAGCUAUAACUACAAGAGAGGUAUAGUCACGUUAGAUCGCGGAGGAAAAGAUGGCGUUCGUCGUGCUAAAUGGAGACCUAGUGAACAAUUAGAUUUGAAAGCAUACAUUGAUGCAAGCUCGAUCGAAUUAUUCUUCGGUAAUGGUGAAGUUACAUUUUCUAGCAGAUUUUUCCCUGCGGGACCAAUAAAGGUACGGAUAGGUGAAUCAAAUGACGUCGAGUCAAUAUCUGUCACUGACCUGCAACGUUCAAUAGAUGCCAGUUAUAAAAUAGAAUCAGAAGAUUAAUCCAUCACACAAUAUGUAGGUCUUGUCUAAAAUGUAAA